AUGGCGACCCUAAAGUUUGACGCAGGACGAAUGAAAGACCUGUCACGGUUCGAUGACCUCAACACCGAAAGAGGUCGAGCCUGGUUCAUCAUUCUCGUCGUGGACUACAUAAGAUACCUCAAGUCAGAUCCGGCCAGCCAGGCUGACUGGGAUGAACUAAAGGAGAAGGAGACGGCCAGCAAGUUCCUCGGCAUGGUCAAUAAUGAUCGCGCCUGGCCUUUUGCUAGGCAAGUCAUCUAA